AAGCACUCCUUUGUCAAAAAUGCCGACCCCUGUAGCCGUGGGGGAAACAAGAGAAUUAUAUUUAAGUGGCAUAAACAAUUGAGGACUGUAAGGUAUCUGGGUCUUACUCAGCCCCUCCAGGUUUCAUGACCAUUUUAAGUAAUUUUCCUGUUUUCAUUAGCAUUAAUGCCUCUUUCACGUCUUCCAUGAUUGCUAUUGAUUAGGGGUUGCUAUUUUCAGAAGAUGUCUCAGAUUGAAAUGCACUGACGAAAGUCUCCAUUGUAUCAUGUGUUGCACACAAAAGGAAUAAAAUCCCCUCACUAACAUAUUCAAACAGUUAAUAUGCAAUAAAAAAACACUUUAACCAGAUACUUUUUUAAUUGUGGAAUUGGUGUCUGUUGGCUUGUGGGAUUUAUAACUGGGAAAGUAGUAGCUUUGCAAGAGAAAGCACUUCUGAUUUAUUUUGUUUUUUGUAAAAGAUGGAUUACCUCCAAAUAGCAGAUGAAGUUGCCCAGAAGAUUUGGUCAUAUAACCAAGAUGACUCAGGGUGGAAAUUGGCCAAGAAUUCAAUAUCGUGGAGAGGGUAUAAUAGAAGAUACUCCUGAGAAAAUCAUUCCCUUCAUGUACUUGCCUGAAUACAGGAACAAAUGGGACACAGCUGUGAAGUCCUACACAUUCUUAGAGAGGAUUGGUCAGGACACUGUGAUAUCUCACACUAUUACCCACAGUUAUGGACUGGGACUCAUUUCCUCAAGGGAUUUUGUUGACCUCAUCAAUGUUAAAAGAUAUGAAGGGGGCAUUGUAACGACCAACUGUAAGUAUAUCUUUGAAAAUGAAAGAAUAAAUCAACAUUUUAGUCUAGUAGUCUACUAUUAGCAUAAUCAAUCUCAAGUAAAACCUUUUUUUAAAAACAAUUCUCUCAUUGGCACAUGUUGGUUUUGCUUAGUUUAUCAGAUUUUAUUUUCACUUCAUUUUAUUCUGCCAUCACAUUAGGGUGUCACCUGACCCAAAUUGCCUUUAGUGUGAUUUUUUUUUUAGAAAGUAAAAACACUACCAUUUCAAGUAAAAAGUUAAAAAAAGCCUCAGACAGAAAAUGCUGGGGUUGUAAAUAGUCUCACAUGUUUUCUUUUUAGUGUUUUAGACUGUGUGUGAGACAUUCAGGUGGUGUCCAAAUACCUACAGGAAGUUAAUUUAUUGUUUGGUCGAGGUAAAAAAUGGCUUCACCAAAAAUUUAAAUGUCUGGAAUUUUUUUUUUUUUUUUUAAAUCUCCAAUUAUUUUAACCCCUAUUUUCUCUCAAUUUGGAAUGCCCAAUUAUUCUUAUUAUUUUUCUCCUUCACCGCGGCGAUUCCCCACACAGCUCAGGGACCCGAGGCUCAGUGGGCGUCCUCCGAUCCCACGAGCCAAUCUGCGUCUUUUUACACCCAGGAACUCGAGAGCAGAUGUCUGCAGGCUACCGGCCUCUGGAGGACAAAGACCAGCCCAGCAAAUCUCCGGCCCCACGCUCACUUCGUACCUGGUCUGUAGGGGUCGCCGCAGAGUGGUGAAGUGAAACAGUCUAAGCCACAUCCCACCUCCCCAACCCCAGGAGCGCCAAAGCCAAUGCGGCCCCACCCCCCUCUCCU